ACAAACAAACAAAUUUCACAACAUUUUGCCAGCUUAAGUUCCUCCAUCACCUUAUAAAAUUUCCCAGCUUAGUUGUCUCCCUUCUCAUUUUCACAAUCUCUCUGCAUCCCAGCUCUCUUUCAACUCACAAUAUAUUUUCUGAGCCCAGCUUCAUUUUCGGUUGUUUGAAAUUGGAAUCAACUUGUAUUUUCAUUCUUGACUCGUUUGGCUGCUUAAGUCUGCCAUUUUCAAAAUGAUUAGAAUACGACCACGGAUGGCUAGGUUCUGCAUGAGCCCGGGCAGUGUUCAAGUCCGGGCUCGUUCGUCACCAUCAACUCAGCAGCAGAAGCACAGGAAAAGCUAUAGUUUCAUUCAAGUCGACGAGCAGACGUCGUCUGAGUGUUCCAGCAAAAACAGCACUGAGAUGAAUCAGGACGCUGAGGCUGAGGCUGAGAAAUCAUGCGGGAACAGAGUGAUGGUUGUGGUUGAUUCGAGCAUCGAAGCCAAGGCUGCUCUGCAUUGGGCUCUGUCUCACACUAUUCAGUCCCAGGAUACUGUUAUUCUUCUCCAUGUAGUAACAAGGCCAUCUCUGCAAGAUAGAAACACUGAUCAUCAAGUUAAUCAAAGGGCUUAUAAACUUCUUUCGACCAUGAAGAAUUUGUGUCAAGUGCACAAGCCUGGGGUGAAAGUGGAGAUUUUAGUCAAGGAAGGGAAGGAAAAGGGAUCAACGAUAGUUCAAGAAGCGAAGCAUGAAAAAGUUUCAUUGCUAGUAUUGGGGAAAAGAAAACGAUCAAUAAUGUGGCUUGUACAGAACAUGUGGGCGGGGAAAAGAAGAAGAAUACGCAGCAGCACCUGUAGCGCCACUGAUUACUGUGUUCAGAAUGCUAAAUGCAUGACGGUUGCAGUGAGAAAGAAGGGCAGAAAUCAUGGAGGGUACUUAAUUACCACUAAGCGACACAAGGACUUCUGGCUUUUAGCGUAAUUUCAUCAUUGUUUGAAAAGUUUCUGGCUUUUAAGAUGUUAGUUAGGCCUUUCUGCAGAUAUUGGUUCCAGUGUAAAUUUGCCUUUCACGUGUCAUAUGAACAAUCAGGCCAAUUGAUUUGUCAUAAAUACCAACAGAAAUGAAAAUAAAUAAAGAGUGGAGAUACGAAGAUAUUAGAGGAUAAACGUGAACAGAGUUUAGGCGUUAAUAGUAUAUAGCAGAAGGCUAGUGUAUUGUAAGAGGUACCUUGACUGAAAAAUCAGGAAUUCUCCUUUCUGCCU